ACGACUGUACUGCAGCCUCCCGUACUCUAGAGGGCGCUCCACCGAACACAGCGGCAUAGCUAACAGACGGCGGUCUCCGGGACCAGGAAGACGCCGGCGAGUGCGUGAGGAGUCACGUGUGUGUGGAGCUCGGGAGAGGAGUUCAGCAAAAUGAUUAUCCCUGUCAGAUGCUUCACGUGUGGGAAGAUCGUCGGAAAUAAGUGGGAGGCAUACCUGGGGCUGCUGCAGGCCGAGUACACUGAAGGUGACGCACUGGACGCAUUAGGCUUGAAGAGGUACUGCUGCCGCCGUAUGCUUCUUGCUCAUGUGGAUCUCAUAGAGAAGUUGUUAAACUACGCUCCCUUGGAGAAAUGAGAAGACAUAAGGGAACAUGGUGUUUACCGAUGGUGCCCAUUAAGGAGAGAUGGAAGAAGCCCAUGUGUCACAGAGCACAUAGAUGGAGUGAACCAGGACAUUCCUAUUCAUGUAUUACUUCAACAACAUUGACUCAUUUUGUGUUUAAUAAAGUUAUUUUUGUUUAUAAUUGAUAACGGUGUGUCAUUAUAGCAUGGGUGAAGCAUCACAAGCUUGACUUCAAUGGUAGCUUCGGCAGUAAAAACUAGUGACAAUAAUUUUCAGUGCGUUUUUCCUUCUCCUAUCAGUCAGUUGAGUGGGGUUUUGAGCAAUGAGACCACACAGUUUUUUUUUUUUUUUUGUUUGUUUUUUUUAAAUUGUGGGACUGUACACCCCUUAAGGACUGAGGGUUUUUCAAUUUUUGCACUUUCGUUUUUUCCUCCUCACCUUUUAAAAAUCAUAACCCUUUCAAUUUUGCACGUAAAAAUCCAUAUGAUGGCUUAUUUUUUGCGCCACCAAUUUUUUUGCAGUGACAUCAGUCAUAUUACCCAAAAAUCUACAGCGAAGAAAAAACGCCAUUUUGUAACUUUUGGGGGCUUCCGUUUCUAUGCAGUGCAUUUUUCAGUAAAAAUGACACCUUAUCGUUAUUCUGUAGGUCCAUACAGUUAAAAUGAUACCCUAGUUAUAUAGGCUUGAUUUUGUAGUACUUCUGGAAAAAAUCAUAACUACAUGCAGGAAAAUGUCUAGUUUUAAAAUUGUCAUCUUCUGACGCCUAUAACUUUUUUAUUUCCCUGCGUAUGAUGGCUCAUUUUUUGCGCUGUGAUCUGAAGUUUUUAGCGGUACAAUUUUUGUAUUGAUCUGACUUAUUGAUCGCUUUUUAUUCAUUUUUUUCAUGAUAUAAAAAACGACCUAAAAUACGUUAUUUUGGACUUUGGAAUUUUUUUGCGCUUACGCCAUUGACCAUGCGGUUUAAUUAAUGAUAUAUUUUUUAUAGUUUGGACAUUUACGCACUCGGCGAUACCACAUAUGUUUAUUUUACAUGUUUUUUUUUUUUUUUGUAAUAGAUCAACUUGCACCAGAAAGGUAAACAGAUUCGUAAAUUACUUCUAUUAAAAAAUCUCAAUCCUUCCAAUAAUUAUCAGCUGCUGAAGUUGAGUUGCUCUUUUCUGUCACCAUUCUCCUGUCCUGUGUGUUGGAUUAUUUAUAUUGCAAUAAAGCUGGAAGUUCAUAAGAGAA